AUGUUCAUCACGAAAUUUCUUAUCAUAUUUCUGUCAAUAAUUUCUUUCUUCGCCGCUUGCUUUGUCAUAUGGCGGGCCAAAACUCCGGAAGAAAAAUUUCUACAAUUCAGCCCGAAGUACGGGCAGAGGUUGAUAUACGGGCAGUGCUUUGCGUUCGUUAUGCCAGGAUCUGGCUGUUUGCUGUGCGUCGCCUUACACAACCCUGGGAGACCUGCUCCUAUGAUCUUCAUCGCAUCCCUCAAUCUUGUCAUGUUCCUCAUCCAUGGAUCACUGAACGCUUACACUCUGUACAGUCUGACGGAUAUCUUUGAUGGUAUGAAACUUCAUGAAGUUCUUUCAAAUCCGUCUGCAUUCCCGGCUGUAAACCAACUGCAGCACAACAUAUCCUGCUGUGGAAUGAACAGCUCCAGCAAUUGGUUUCCGUUAAAGUACUGGAUCAAUGAUACAAAACUGAAAUCCAUUUCGUACGUUAUACCACCCAGCUGCUGUGUUAGUGGAAAGGAUUGCAUCUUCUUCUCCAAUAACCUACAGAGUUUGAACGUCAACAAAGUUGGUUGCGACUCUAUCCUCAAAGAGUACAUGAGCUUUGCCCUUUCAAUGUACACCCUGCUGGCUGGGGGACUGAUCCUUCUUGAAAUAGCCAUUCAUCUGUCAUUCCUCUUCAGCAGAGGACAAAGCCCAAACAGCCAUCCUCACUCAAAAUCAGACACUGAGAAACAACCACUACUUUUGGAAAAACUAUUUUUUACUCUUUCCCUUCCGGGAGCUAUUCCAGAAGCCGGCAGCGAUCGAAGUUCAAAAAAAUCAACAAAAGCAGGUAGUACGGGGAGUAGAGGGUCAAAUCUGGCAGGAAAUAAGGGUUCCGUAUUGAGCGCCGGAUCACUCAAAAAAAUCACUUCGAAACAAGAGAAGAAGAAAAAAUCUAAAUACCUCCAACAUGGAUCACUUUCGGAAGAGGGUGAUCCUGAACGAGACAAACGAUUAAGCGAGUUUGCUAGGCUGCAACAGGAAGCUGAUAAAGCUAUUGGAAGUUUUAACUGA